AUGGAGAAUCAUUAUAAGCCUUAUUCGUGCGAUAUGUGCGACAAAUCCUUCGGUAAGUAUAGCACUUUGACGACACACCGGCGCACUCACACCGGCGAAAAACCUUUCGCGUGCGACGUCUGCGACAUGUCGUUCAGUCAAAGCGGCAGUUUACAGAGACAUCGACGGACGCACACCGGCGAAAAACCUUUCGCGUGCGACGCGUGUGACAAGCGGUUCGCUCAGAGCAGCAGCUUGACGGAACACCGGCGCACGCACACCGGCGGAAGACCGUACGCUUGCGAUGUGUGUGGCAAAUCGUUUGGUCAGAGUAGCGGCUUGACCAAGCAUCGGCGCACGCACACCGGCGACAAGCCUUACGCUUGCGAUACGUGCGACAAGUCGUUCGCCGACGGCGGUAGUCUGAUAAGACAUCGGCGCACGCACACCGGCGAGAGACCGUACGCGUGCGAUUUGUGCGACGAGUCGUUCAUCGAAAGUGGCCAUUUGACGACACACCGGCGCACGCACACCGGCGAAAGGCCGUACGCUUGCGAUGUGUGCGGCAAGUCAUUCGGCCAGAGGAGCAUUUUGACGAGGCAUCUGCGAACGCACACCGGCGAAAAGCCUUUCGCGUGCGACAUGUGCGACAAGUCGUUCGGCGAGAGAGGCAGUCUGUCAAGACAUUCGCAGCACAAGCAUUUCGACGAAAAUGUGCGUCUUGCCAUACAACGUGCCUUACUAACUAUUGACCAAAUAUCCAGUAUGAUCCAAUAA